CAUCGAUCGAUACGCCUAGUUCUCGUUCAUUGGUGGUGCUGUGGUGUUCCCCUCGUACCUCUUUGCCUCGUCUUCCGAGCAUACUAAAGUUUAGACGGACAGAGGAUUCACAGGGAUAAUUUGGAUAUUUAGUCUUUAUACGGUUUCUGACUAUUUGUAUAACUGGAGCUCGCAGCUUUUUGCAGGCGACGAGCGAUUCCUUUAAUAUAUCCUGAUCUGAAAAUACACUUAUUGUGGUUUCUUCAAGAGGCAGUUCUAGGAUGUUGUGUUGUUAAACCAUUGGAGUACAAAAGGAAUUUAAAAUUAUGGCAAGAGUACAUCACUUACUUAUUAUUUUCUCUAUUGGCAGUUUGGUAUCAUGUCAAAAUGCCCCAGUAUUCGUUAAUCAAGACAUAUCUGCCCAAAUAGCUACGCCUGUUGUGAAAAAUGACAACCUCGUUACUCAGACAGUGUAUGGUUUUCUUGACUUUACAACAACCAUUGGUAAUACGGUUAUGGUGUUUUCGCCGCAGAGUUCAUCAGCAGCUGCAAUAGAAAAGCCGAAGGACGUGUCCUCAAACAAGAUCAUCGACACCAAACCGGCCGAAUCGCCACGAGCUCAAAACCAAAUUGUUAACAUAAAACCCUCUAAAACUCAACAAACCACGAAGAAAACAGAAAUAACGUCGGUGGUCCAAGUAAAUGCAGCAACGAAGGACAAAAUUCCUAAAGCCUCGACAAAGGUGGAAGUGAAACCGUCCGCGUCGACCAAAGUGAACGUUAUCGAAAACAAAUCCUCCACUCCGAAGCCCAAACAAGCCCCGAUAAUUAUAAGCAAAGUGGAGGUGAGAGAAGAGGCUAAGCCGAGCGUGACGAAGGCGCAACAGCAAAGUGUUAUUACCAAAGUGGAGGUUGUUACCCAACAGCCGAAAUCGAUUAUCGCCAGCAAAGUGGAGAUAGUGACCGAGGCCGAGCCGACUCGAGUGCACAGCGUCGUCCAAGUCAAAUCCAACGACGACAACGAGGAGCAGGACGAGGAGGAAGAAGAAGAGGACCAAGACGACGAACCGGCCGUCAUUAUAGGCAACAACAUCGCCGAGCCCGAAUACGAUUUCCUGUCCAGACAGCCGUCGGAAGUCGUCGAGGAGACGUACAAAGUGAUAAACUUGAGGCCGAGCUCCAAGUUUCAAUUGAAACCCCGAACCGCAGCUGCUGGCGGGGCAGGGGGAGAUGUCAGAAACAAAGCCGCCGCCAAGAGGACGGAUAAUCCUCGGCCGACGGGAUUGGUCUCCAAAAUGGAAGGAAUGGUUGUACAUGAUGGUAUAAUGACUUCCUACGAAACCAGCGUCAUCGGUACUUACAUCAACGGAAAAUAUGCCCAGGUCUUGCAGAGUACCUCGCACGUAUAUAAUUCGCCUAAAGACCAACCCAGACAAAGAAUAACGCCGAGUCAAAGUUUGAGGAUUUUGAAAACAGCAGCUCCCUCGUUAAAAUCAAGCAAGAAAUCGCAGCAGCAUGUCGAACCAGCUCUAGCUGCCUCUAUUAAUGAAGAUGUCUCGGUUUCGUCAGGAGACCAUUUCAAAGGACAGAAUUCAAUAAAAAGUACGAGAAAAUCGAGCAAAAGAUCGAAAAACCGGUCAAAAGAAAACAAUUCCGCCGAACAGAGAACAGAUAAGGAUUCUUCUAAUCAAGGAAGCCCCAAAAAAUCCAGCAAAAAUAGAUCAUCUUCGAGAAAUUCUAAACAUCACACGUCUUCACAAAGACAGUCAAAAUCUGGUCGGGGCAAUAGAAAAUCUUCCAAAUCUUCCAAAUCUACUACUCCUCCAUCUGCACACAGUGAAGACACGGCUCAGACGCCAUCUGUUAAGCGGUACAGCAGUGGAAAUAGGAAAAAGAGUAGUAACAGCAGAUCCACAUCUACCACUUCCAAUGCGUCCAACGAGGAUAAGAACAACAAUGGAGGAUUUAACCGAAGAGGAUAUAAACCCAAAAUUCAAGCAUCUAAUGUGGAAUCGAAUGUACCAUCGACAACUUUAUACAAAUUUAAGUUGAAUAGAUCGCCCGGCAGAUGGCAGUACAAGACGACACCUAAGCCGCGCAUAACGAUCAGAAAACAAAACGACGACGAGACGGGUGGCAACAGUAACGAGGCGCCUCUGGAAAGCACCUCGCCGAGCAAACCCGAGCCCCCCAUCCAGAAUAACGAGGGGGCGGUCUCCGCCGCCUCUGCCCGUUCGGACGAUUCCGACAGUCUGGAAGGGUCGGAGUCGAUUACCACAAUUAUCGACGACGACGGUGCCACGGAAAAUAAACUGGACGGACCCGCGCUGCCUCUGGAAACGCUCAAAGUGGAAAUAUCCACGCCGCCCGAUUUCAAGGACAUCUAUUACGAGAUUGCUACUAUCAAGUCGCCUUAUACUUUUCAGGUGGGAAGCGUAAAGAACACCCGCUACGUCACCGUCACCUCCACGUUUGAGAAGAGCCUGGAAAACACCGAACCCACCCCCACCCUCUCGCCCACCGAGCCCCUCACCGAGAACAUUCUCGCCACCUCCAGCAAUUACGCCAAAGACAACAACUUAGACUCGAGCAUCGCGACGUUGCCGCCCAUUUAUCUCGCGUCGGACGUCGCCACGUCGCCUUUAGAGACGCUAACCGAAACGUUCAGCACCACCCAGACGCUACUAAAGACGCACAUCCUGCCCGUUAUUCGCAGCGUCAACGACACCACCAGCUCCACUUUAGUUCAGACCUAUUUAAUAACGCGGCUGGUUACCGCGACAAAGACCCUUCCACCCAUGGAAGCCUAUCACUUUAACCCCAGCAAAACGCUGAACGAAUUUAAUAGUCGCUUGGAUGAGGCUGGAUCCGAGCUUCACUUAGAGCUGGAAUUCGGUGACAGUAACGAGCAGGAUGAAGACGGUGUACCGAGGAAAACACUGCCGGCUGACUUGGAUCUUGCUAAUGUAGGAACUGAUUUUAAACUGCCUGAAACGGACAAAGCCAAAAUAGAAAAAGAGCUGAAAAACAGGAAGGUGCAACAGAAACCUUCCCUUAACGAUAUUCAGUUUCCUCAGCAGAACUUUAGUCCCGACCAGUUACAACAACUAGCUUUGCUAAGAUUAUUAAACCCUGCAGCAGCUCAAGGACAAGUCAUUACAACAUCGCGACCUGUUCUAAAAGUAGAAACCUUAUACGAAACCCACAUCCUUCCAGUGACUCAGGGCCACAACACGAUACUUAGCACCAUAUCAAAAGUUAAAGGAACCUUUACUAAAACUGACUUUGAGUACGGUACCAGCACAAUCCCACCUUCGUUCCAACAACCCUUACCUCAAAUUCCGCAAAUCCCUCAGAUACCUCAGAUUCCUCAGCUGCCUUUGAACCCGUUGUUCCCUCAGCAAGGCGUACAACCGCAGUUUACGGUAACUUCAUCACCUGUGACGCAAAGUACUAUAGUUACGCAGACAAACAGCAAAGUAUUGAAGUUGACGUUUGGAGCGAGAACAGCGUUGACGACAGUGUUCUCGACGACAGUCGUUCCUACAAUUUUAACGACCUACACGACCGCCUCCGUACCAGUGGUGGCGCCCACGGCAGCGGCAUUCCCGGGGUACUAUCCAGCUCCUUUCCCAGCCUAUCCGUACGUAGGUUAGACAAAGACAGAUGUGUGUAGAACUAAAGUGCUUUUGACUAUAGAACUUGGGACGUUAAUCAACGGUUAAGUGCAAAAAGUGCUUUGUGAAAGUGUAUAGUAUAUUAAAAACUUGUUACUACAAUCGAAGAAAGGGUCUUUUAUAAGGAAGUAUCUCUUUCUUUUCUCAAAUAUAACUUACUGUGUAUAAAAUUAAUGAUUAUUUAGUUAUGUAAAUACCAUUAUUAAAGUUCGUAGUCUAAUCAACUAUUAUAUCCAAUGUAAAGGUGGUGUAUAUUUACAUCAAUUUCCUCGUUGGAAGUAAUAAUUAAAACUAUCAUAAAAAUAAUAAAAAUUCAGAAUGUUUACAUUAAUUCCUUUGCAACAUUCUUUAUUAAUAUUGUGAAGUACUGAGUACUUCUUAUAACUUUUUUUAUAAAAGAACGUCUGAAAUAUCACAAAUGUAUCGAUCUAUUGAUUAAUAUUGAUGAUUCCUAAAUGUUGUAAUAUAAUAUUGGUAUGUUUAAUGUUGAACACACUGAUAAAAAAUCUUUAUCAAUUGUUGGGUUUCCGUUGAGAAUUUUGGCUGAAAUUUUGAACGGCAUCUACACUAUUCGGGAAGAAAGCCGAAGUAGGUCAAUCGAGUAAUAUAGAGCGAUAUUUCGAGUUUCCUCGUCUAAAAUGAAUAUAAGUCGAGAUGAGACAAAAUUAGACGAAGAAACUCGAAAAAACCCUUUUUACUGUUCGACUUUGACAUACUAAGGCUUGCUUACUUCCCGAGUAGUGUAGAGGUUGUUUUGCAAAUUCAUCAUAUUAAAAUUUGCGGUAUGUUUUUAUUUUGUUUGAUUGUGCCUAAACUUUAUAUUAGACAUUCAAACUAGAAAAGACACAAUUUUAAAGUAAAAAUUUUGUUAAAAGGGCUUAAUCAAAUUUAGAGAAAGAAAAUAAGAUAAAAUAUAAACGAUUUGUGCUAUUCUGUAUUAAUAUCUCGUUUAAAAUCCAAACACUAGUUUAAAAUACAUUUUGAUAUUCAAUCUCAAUUUUCUCAUUUAAUAUCAUUUAUGGCGUAAACUAGUUAAUUAGAUAUCCACAAUAUUUCAAAUUUAUUUGUAAUAUAAAUAUUAAUAUUACAAAAUGUAAUUUAAUAAUAUUGUCAUUUAGCAUAUUAGAUAUAGUUUGCUAAUGUAAAUGUCCAUUGAUCCAACCUAUUAUUAUUGAGAGAAUAAUUUAAAUAUCACUCAUUUAUUUAAAAUUAAUAAUUGAAUUUAGUGUAUAUUAUACAUAAAUAUUGCAGUUCAGAUUUUAAAUAUUACGUUGAUCAAAAUUCAUAAUGGCUCUAUUCACAUUUAGAGACCUAUAAUUAAGUGUGUAUCUGAGAUUUUAUCUGUAUAUAGGACGAUUCACGGAGAUGGCACGUUAGAAAUUUAUGGAGAACCGGUCAUAGAUUUUUUUUGAAAAUUUGGAUUUUUACAUAAAGGCACCUACUCCAUAUAUCUAAAGCAUUUUCAGCGUUACGGUGUUUUUGCUUCAUACUAAAGCGGUAGCAUCUUUCUUCUAAAUGAACACCCGAUAUAUUAUUACAAUUUUGGAAAUCACUUUCAUAUCCCAAAAUGUUUCUAUUAGACUAACCUAUAUCUAUCUCUAAUAGUUUUUUAGAUAAAAAACAAAACAUGUGUAAAAUUGACAAAAUAAUGAUCUUGAACAAACAUUGGUAAAAUCAUAAAUUAUUGAAAAAUUUAUGAAGAAAAAAGUUGAAAUUUGGGUUAGAAGUUGACGAAAGUCGAUUUAUUCUAUCUAGUGAUGGGAUAACUCCAGCGAAAUUUCGCUCGAGUACACUAUUAAAAUAACCGACAAAAUAACCGCUCGAGUACACUAUUGAAAUAACCGACAUCGCUCGAUUAUGAACGAGAGCUGCAAGAGACGAGUUACGAGCAACUAACGCAAGCGAAUGAAAUAAAUUGAAAUCCGAUUUUAAUAUGAUAUACUCGAUAAAAAUCCGAGCGAUUUUUUUUACAUACAUUGCAGGUAGCAAAUUUAUACGACGUUAUCCGUCGCGUACUUGAGUGACAAAAUUUUACAACCUACAUCGACAACGCCUUGAAAUAAACUACUAAAUCAAGCAAGCGAUCAAGCGAAUCGCUCGUCGCUUGCUACUUGCCAUUCAUCACCGAAAGAAUAUGUGCUCUACGCACGCAACUUGCUGUUUGGCGUUACGAGUACAAGCAGCAAGCGACGGGCGAAAAACCGUAUUUUUAAAUACGAACGAUAAUUCACUCAUUGAAUCGAGUGAGUACCUACUCGAUUACUGAAAUCGCUUGAAACUCGAGUACUCGAUUAUUGAAAUUAAUCGGUUUUUCCCAUCACUUGUUAUAAAAUUGCUCAAAUCUUUGUUAUUAUAUAUUCUAUAUUCAAGCCUAUGUAUAUUUCAAAAAUCGAAACACACAUAAAAUUGAUUUUAAACGAUAUAUCAUGUUCCUAUACCUGAAUCUUUUGAUUUCUUCAGUAAAGCAAAAUAAAAACACUAAAUCACCACAAUA